AUGGGUUCAAAUUCAAACACCGCCGACCGCUUUAACGCGGAUGCGCUCAAGCAUAUCGUGCGCGCCGGUUCUUCUGCGGCGAUGAUCGACUGGGGCAACGAGGAGCACCGCCGCUGCAUCGUCGCCUGCAUGGUCAAAGGCGCUUACGUCCUCGAGAGCGACAGAGCGAUGGGCAGGUCGGAGGCGGCGGCGCUGGCGCCGGCGUGGUGGGAGAGUUUUCACUUCAGCAUCAACCAGAAACUCACGGAGGGCAGGUCCAUCUAUGGUGCCAUCUACGAGCACGUGCCCGGCCCCCGCCACCCAGCCGCUCCACGGUAUGUCGUCGCCUUCAGGGGCACCAUGCUCAGGCAUCCCGAGUGGAAGGUGGUGAUCAAAGACCUCUACCAUGACUUCGAAAUAUUGAUCAACAAACCGAAGAAUGGCACACGCUCCAAGCUAGCGUGCCGGGCGGUCGACGAACUUAUGGAUUGCCAAGCCGGCCUAGGAAGCGCCGACGUCUGGCUCGCCGGGCACUCUCUCGGCGCUUCGCUGGCACUGGACGUGGGGCGGGACAUGAUGGAGAGGCGGGAGCUCAACCUCCCUACCUUCCUCUUCAACCCGCCGCAGGUGUCGCUGACGGCGGCGAUGAACUUGCUGAACGCGCAGGACGUGGCCAAGAGGCACCUGCACUUCACGAGUUACUUCUUCAAGGCCGGUGCGGCGACGGUCUCGGGUUGCCACCGGGAGCGCAUGGAGAAGCUGUUCGACCGGCUUUCCCCAUGGGUGCCGAAUCUGUACCUGCACGAGAAGGACUGGAUCUGCCAGGGCUUCAUCGACUACUUCGAGCUGCGGCAGCAGUUCGUGGACCGCUUUCACUCCCGCUUUCCCUGCGUUGCAAGCAAGUCCAUGACACUGUCGUACCGCGACAUGCUCUGGAGCCUGCUUGGCAAGGACAAGGAGCGGCUGCAUCUCCUGCCAUCGGCGAUGCUGUGGAAGACCGCGCAAACCAGCCUCGAUGCGCACGGCCUCCAGCAGUGGUGGAAACCGGACAACGGGCGCCGGCACACGUUAUAGGUACCCUGGUACCUGA